AUGGCUGCUAAUCCUGUCCCUACUCCUGGUGCAAUUUUAUUAGGGGAUGCAUUCAACAUGAGGCAUCCUUUAACAGGAGGAGGAAUGACCGUUGCUCUUUCAGACAUUGUUCUUCUCCGUGAUCGUCUUAGACCCAUACGUGAUCUCCAUGAUGCACCUGCUUUGUGCAAUUACCUUGAAUCAUUCUACACACUGCGCAAGCCUGUGUCAUCUACCAUAAACACAUUGGCAGGUGCUUUGUACAAGGUGUUUUGUGCAUCACCGGAUCCAGCAAGACAGGAAAUGCGUGAAGCAUGUUUUGGCUAUUUGAGCUUUGGAGGUGUCUGUUCAUAUGGACCAGUGUCUCUUCUCUCUGGUCUUAACCCUCAACCAAUGCACUUGCACUACCACAAAACUGAGCUAUAA